AUGCUCUCUCACUCUCUCUCUCUCUCUCUCUCUCUCUCUCUCUCUCUCUUUAAAGAGCUUACUUUGAAACUAGGAAAAUUGUCUUUCUUUUUUAUAUUUAUUUAUCGUGCUUCCAUUCUUUCUUUCCUUCCUUUCUUUCUCCCUUCCUUCUUUCCUUCCUUUUUCCUUUCUUUCUUUCUGCUUUCUUUCUGUAUCUUCAUUACUUUUUCUUUCGUUGUCAUUUUUCUUUUUCUUACUUUGCUUUCUCUUCUCUUUCUUUUCUUUUUCUUUCUUUCUUUGUUUCUUUUUUUUUUCCUUUCCCUUUGUUUUGUCCUUUUUCUUUUUCUCUUUCUUUUCUUUUUCACUUUUUUCUUUGUUUCUUGUUUUUCCUUUUCCUUUCCUUUUCACUUUUGUCCUUUUUUUCUUUGCUUUCUUUCUUUUUUUUUUCUUUCUUUCUUUGUUUCUUGUUUUUUCCUUUCCUUUCCUUUUCUUUUUUGUCCUUUUUCUUACUUUUUUUCUUCUUCUCUUUCUUUUCUUUUUCUUUCUUUCUUUGUUUCUUGUUUUUCCUUUCCUUUCCUUUUCACUUUUUUUGUCCUUUUCUUACUUUGCUUUCUCUUCUCUUUCUUUUCUUUUUUCUUUCUUUCUUUGUUUCUUGUUUUUUCCUUUCCUUUCCUUUUCACUUUUUGUCCUUUUUCUUACUUUGCUUUCUCUUCUCUUUCUUUUCUUUUUUCUUUCUUUCUUUGUUUCUUGUUUUUUCCUUUCCUUUCCUUUUCACUUUUUGUCCUUUUUCUUACUUUGCUUUCUCUUCUCUUUCUUUUUUUUUUCUUUCUUUCUUUUGUUUCUUUUUUUCCUUUCCUUUCCUUUCACUUUUGUCCUUUUUCUUACUUUUUUCUCUUUCUCUUUCUUUUCUUUUUUUUUUCUUUGUUUUUGUUUUCCUUUCCUUUCCUUUUCACUUUUUGUCCUUUUUCUUACUUUGCUUUCUUUGUCUUUUUUUUUUCUAUCUUUCUUACAUUCUUUCUUGAUCUUGUUCGUUCCUUUCUUUUUCUUCCUUUGUCUUUUUUCUUACUUUGCUUUCUUUUUCUUUGUUUUCUUUCUUUGGUUUCUUUCUUUCUUGUUUAUAUUUUUCUUUCGUUGUCUUUUCUCUUUUUCUUUCUUUCCUUGCCUUUUCUUUUUUUUCUAUCAUUUUUCCUCUUUUCUUUCUUUCUUUCUUUCUUUCUUUCUUUCUUUGUCUUUUUCUCCCGUUUCUUUCUUUCCCUCUUUUACCGUCUGUUUUUCUUUCUUUCCAGAGUUAAGCAUUAUGGACCCUACUCGCUUCACAGACUGUGUCUUUCUUUCUCUCUCUCUCUCUCUCUCUCUCUCUCUCUCUCUCUCUCAUUCUCUUCUGUUUCUUUCUAUCUAUCUACCUAUCUCAGUUUUUUAUCUAUCUAUCUAUCUAUCUAUCUAUCUAUCUAUCUAUCUAUCUAUCUAUCUGUGACGCUUUCUGUUCAUAUCUAUCCAUCUCACUCUGUUUCUUUCUAUCUAUCUACCUAUCUCAGGUUUUCACUAUCUAUCUAUCUAUCUAUCUAUCUAUCUAUCUAUCUAUCUAUUUCACAGCAGCGCAUACGCGCAAAUAAGCUCACCGUUGCGCACACACGCAGACAAAUACGGCGCACUUCUCUCCUCUCUUCGCACACAAGCGCGAAGCGACGGCAUAUAGCCAUCACUUUUGCUAGCAAAAUCAAUAUUGUCACUAAUCAAAUUCGCCUGCAGAACCCCGCUAGACUGGAACGUACGAAGUAA